CCAGGUAGAGCUGCUGGUGGAAGAGGCACUUACAUCCUCUCAAAAUAAGUGGAUUUAAUUGAUCAUCUUUUGCAAGACAUUAUAACUUUUAGAGGCCGUAUUUCAGUGAAGUCUGCAAUGUCAGUGUCAGUUGUGACAUACGAACAGCUCAAAGCUAUGCUGGCCAAUCACAGCGUGCAGCUUUUUGAUGUCAGGAAUCCAGAUGAAUUCCAGGCUGGCCGGAUUCCUGAUUCUGUCAACAUUCCUUUGGGACAGCUUGAGGAGUCACUGAAACUCCCACCACUCCAGUUUCAACAGCAAUUUGGGGUGAAAGCCCCUAAAAAGGAAGACGAUGACAUAGUUUUCCAUUGCCGAAGCGGGAAAAGGAGUUUGACUGCUCUUGAAAUCGCUCAUCGUCUGGGAUUCUCUAAGGCACGGCAUUAUGCAGGCGGAUACAUUGAUUGGGAAGAGCGUGAGAAGAAGUAACAGGACUAAUUGAGCCACAUUUUCAAUCACUUUAA